AUGGCGGGCUAUAUUAGAAGUGUGGCAAAGAAUGUAUUUGGGGAAACAAAAGGAAAGCGUAUGAUAGAUAAAGAAGUAUGGUGGUGGAAUGAAAGUGUUCAAGAAGUGUUAAGAGAAAAGAAAAAGACGUUUAAAGAAUGGCAGAUGGUUGAAGAUGAGAAUGAAACAUUAAAAGAAAGUAAGAAAGAGGUGUAUAAAGAAUGUAAGAAAAGAGCCAAGAGGACAGUUGCAAUUUGUAGGGCGGAGGCGCAGGACAAUCUGUACCGGUCUUUGGAAAGACCUGAAGGUCAGAAACGACUUUACCAAAUUGCAAGGGCUCGAGAAAGGAAUGGAAGAGAUAUUUCGCAUGUUAAAUGUAUAAAAGAUGAUUCUGGGAAGAUUCUGACUGAUGAUGAAAGCAUAAAAGAACGAUGGAAGAAAUAUUUUGAAAAGUUGAUGAAUGAAGAAAAUGAAUGGAAUGGUGUGCUUCAAAAUCCACCAUUGAAUCUGGGCCUUGUUAGGGAGAUUAGUGUGGAAGAAGUGAAAAUGGCUGUAAGAAAUAUGAAGAAUGGAAAAGCCGUGGGCCCAGAUGGAAUACCAGUUGAAGUAUGGAAGUUGUUGAGUGCGGAUGGAUGGAAAUGGCUGAGUGUAUUCUUCGGUAAGCUGUUGCAUGAGGAACGCAUACCUGACGAGUGGUGCAGUAGUACGCUGGGCUCAGCAUUGAGCCCAUACCUCUUCGUGCUUAUAAUGGACGCUCUGACGUCGAACAUGCAGGAAGAGGCACCCUGGUGCAUGCUCUUUGCCGACGACAUCGUGCUUGUCGGAGAAGAGGGACUCGAGGUACAAGGCAGGUUAGCGAAGUGGCAACAGAGGCUGGAAAAUGUUGGCUUGAAGAUCAGUAGAUCCAAAACAGAGUAUCUUUACUGUGACUUCGGCGGUCUUUCCGCCCCUGUUGCCAUGACACUAGAUGGCGAAAUAUUGCCUACCUGCUCGGAUUUCAAGUACCUGGGUUCCCUCAUUCAGGGAGAUGGCGAGAUCGACAGAGCAGUUCAGCACAGGAUUAACGCAGGAUGGAUGAAAUGGCGACAGUAUGGCUUUGUCGCGCCACUGCAGAAGAGCGAUAUGGAGAACUAG